CUCCUCGUCUCAGACGACGGGCGGGCGAGUCGUAUACCGCUGCGCGCACUCUCCCUUUCUCUGUGCUUCCUCCGUCGACCUCUUUCUCUUCUAGGGUUAGGGUUUGCUAUAUAUGGAGGCCCCGGAGCUUCUUGACUUCGCCGUCGACGACGAGGAAGACGGUACCCUCUUCCCCGCCUGGGAGUUCGGGGCGUCUGACCUCCCGACGCCUUGUCCGCUGCCUGCUACCGUUCCUCCGCCCAUCCUUCCGUCGCCUCGGGCUGCGGCCGGAGAGGGGUCAGAGCCGGUUGGGAAGCGAGACCCGAGGCUCUUGUGCUCGAAUUUCUUGGAGGGACGGGUCCCUUGCUCGUGUCCGGCGGCGGACGAGGUGGAGCCGGCGGAGUGGGGGGACAAGCCGAUGGCGGGCGCCGUUGGAGGCGACCGGAAGCGGGCGAGGAAGGCGCGAGCGACGCCGGUGGCCGCUUUGCGGUGUCAGGUCCCUGGGUGCGAGGCCGAUAUCGGGGAGCUCAAGGGUUACCAUCGGCGGCACCGUGUCUGUCUCCGGUGUGCUUGCGCUCCGUGCGUGGUUCUUGAUGGUCAGAGCAAGCGGUACUGUCAGCAAUGUGGCAAGUUUCACAUGCUGUCAGAUUUCGAUGAGGGUAAACGUAGCUGUAGAAGAAAAUUAGAGCGUCACAAUAAAAUAAGGCGGAGAAGACACACUGAUGGUGUAUCCAUGAUGGGAAAAGAGAAGGAUCCUCAUGGAAGCCUGCAAAUGAACGUUUCUUGCGUUGAUAAAUCUAUGACAGAGAUGUUGUUUGGAGUUGCAUGCCACACAGAAGAAAAAGUCAUAAACAACAAACUAAUGGAGAGGAAAGUUCUACAUGAAUCGGAUGAUGGGUGUGAUACUAAAUUUAAUUUGCUUAGUGGUUUUACAACUAUUCGUGGAAACAGUUUUUUGUCCUUUGCUGCAUCCAGUGAACCUCAGAAUGAAGAGAAGGAUGAUAACCCCAAGUCCCCUAUUUCCUUUACCCUCUGCAACAGUAAGAGCACUUAUUCAUCUACGUGUCCCACAGGUCGUGUAUCAUUCAAGCUUUAUGAUUGGAAUCCUGCAGAGUUUCCUAGACAACUUCGACACCAAAUUUUCAAGUGGUUGGAGAGUAUGCCUGUUGAGUUGGAAGGUUAUAUUCGGCCUGGCUGUACUUUCAUGACUAUAUUUAUUGCCAUGCCAGAUUUCAUGUGGGAGAAGUUAUCACAGGACGUGGCUGGCUGUAUUGAAAACUUGAUUUAUGCACCUGAAAGCUUGCUUGUCAGAAGAGGCAACAUCCAUAUUUACCUAUGUGACACUAUUGUUCAAAUUUUGAAAGAUCAAAAGCCUUUGAUGAGCACCAGGAUGGAGGUGCAAGUUCCCAGGCUUCAUUAUGUUUAUCCUACUCUUUUUGAGGCUGGCCGGCCAGUGGAAUUUAUUGCCUGUGGCACCAAUCUGAAUCGGGCGAAAUUGAGGUUCUAUGACAUUUCCAGCACAAGCUACGGUGAUGUGUGGAGAUGUUCCUUGUUUGGUAGGAUAUCUGAUGGGGGAUUAAUAUGUAGUUUUUAUGUCCUAUAACAUUGCUCAUAGAGGCCUAUUAACAUGGUCAAUUUAAGUAGCAUUACAGCUUGAGUUAUUCUAAACUUCAGCAGUCUGUAGAUUUAUUUUUUUUAUUGAAAUUGCAUAAAAAAAUAAUUUUAAUCAGAAUUUUAGUGUCUGAUUAAUAUAGGCAAGAGUUUCUACAUUUUUUUUGCCAGGUUCCCCAUACAAACUAUGUUGGUUAUUAGUAUGAAUAAAGGUGCUAUCUCUGUUCUUGUGUGUUCUACUUCUUUGAAGUAGAAGCACGGGGUCAAUUACAUGUAGCAGCAUAUCCAUAACUGUCUUUCCUGUCCCUGUGCAUUGGAAUGUGUCUGUGAAUGUAGCGUAUCAGCACUACCUCAUAACAGCAUAGAAUGGCAACUAAUACUAGCCUUGCCCAGUCUCUCAAAUUAUGGGCACGUUGACAUGGUAUCUUAUGGCUUUAUAAAGGCAUUGCCUACACAGGUACAGGUAAUUUCUUUGGCCUUUCUAAAGAAACGCAUUGGCUUUAUAGAGAUAGUUUCUAUUGAAUAUCUUCUCUCUCUUUAGCCUUUAGCAUUGACCUGCCUUUUGCCUAAGAACCUCAGAACAGAACUACUUACCUUCUGAUCUAGCAUACAAGUUUCUGAUUGCAAACAAAGCGAUGUGUGUUGCAUUAAUAUAUAGGAUGUUCAUAAAAGACAGGUAGCACAGUGAGUGACCAAAUUUGAGAAAGUAUUUGGGACAUGGAAGGCGAGUCAUUUUGAAAGGAUAAUCUCUCUCUGUUUGUGUUUGUGAGAAAGAACAUUGAGAUUAUGAAAAAUGAAAAAUUAGAGGAGAAGUCUCUCUUCCUGUUGCACUUCAAUCACUUUCUGUUCUUUUGAUCUAAAAUUUAGAUACUAAAUAACAUAACUAAUGUAUCUUUUGUUGAAAUACCGUAGUUUUUAUGCUUUUCUGGAGUGAUACAUGCUUCUAAGCUAGGGUAGCACUUUGAUGGUUCUUGUUGUAACAGUAGCAAUAUUGACUCUCAAUUUGUUCAUAAACCUUCUUUUUCUACUGAAUAUGAUAAGCCAUGACAUUGAUCGUCCAAACCUCUCAUCUACCAAGUUGCAAUUCCUAUUACAAGAAAUCUUCAGAAUCCCAUGACUGGUUGGGUCUAAUAUUAUUACUUCCAUACUCAUUGAAUUGUAUUGCACUAAUUUUUAAUGUUGUUGGGUCUGUAAUUCAUAUAACUGCUGCUGAUUGCAUGUUAGGGCUACAAGAAUCUAAACAAGAUUGAUACU